UGAAGAACAAUUGAUAAGAACACUUAUUCAAAGACAUUUUCAGUUUAAACUCAAUCUUCAAGAUGAAACAUUUUCUUCUCCUAGCGGUUUCGCUUUCCCUUACUUAUGGAGACUUUGUCCUGCCCGACAUUGAGAAGUACAGGGUUCUCGGCUAUGCUGGAGGUUAUGUAAACCCAGUUGGAGAACAGAUGAAUGUUCAUGGUGGACAAAGAAUGUCUGAAGACCCCACACCAGUAGGACCGUCUGAUAAAUGGCAAAUGGGAGAAAGCUCAAAAAUGGUUUUAGCUUUGACAAUUGCUAGAGUAGCAGCCCAGGGAUUUGAUACUGAAAUUCCGUUACAGAAUGUUCUUGAUUUCCAGCUCGGGAAAGGGUUUGAGAAUAUUAUUUUUAUUCAACUACUAACUCGGCAAUCUGGGCUUCCUGGUGCUACUGAUAUGGCUGUCGGUCAUCUGGAUUUUUUUUCUCAACUUCAACAAGAAACAAAUUUUGAUGUAGGGGUUGAUAACAGAGCUCUUAGGCACGAGCUAACUGAACAUUUUCUUGGUGAAAAUGCCCAGGCAUACCCACUCACUGAAGAGGAGUCUAUUGUAAACUGGCCAAUAGCAGCGCAUAUACUUGAGCUUGUAACUAAUAAAACAUAUGAACAACUUGUGUACGACGAGGUCUUUGAUCAACUUGGUAUUGAGGGAUGUGGGUUUGGGCCUAACACUGUUGAUCCUUCCCUGCCCCCAAGUCAGCCCUGGAGUCAUAUAGCUGAUGCAUUUGGACUUUAUAACAUUCCCAUCACACCAUCAAACCAGGCCGAGUCCUCCACUGCUCUGGCACCUGCGAAUGGUCUCUAUUGUGACAUGGAGUCUUUUGGGAGGUUAAUGGCAGUUCAUUUAGAAAGGCCAGAUGAUUUUCUACCACAGGAUGCUUGGGACAUAAUUCAAAAUCCAUACUAUUCAACUGCUGGAUUUGGAAUGGACUUCAUUGAUCUUGGAGAUGACGGUAUUAUGGGUUAUUCCUUUGGCUAUGGAAAUGCGCAGAGCUCAGGCCAGAGUCAUUCAGCGUUCUACAUCUUCUUUAAAUAUGGAUUUGCAACAUACACCAGAGCCAAUGCUUUGAUAAUUCCUGGUAUGCGAGCUAAUACCGGACUAACCAUGCUAAAUGACGCUUUAGCAGCUGCAGCAUCUGGUGGUUUGGUGACUAAACUUGAUUUGAACUUUUUGUAAUUUUAGAAUUUUAUACGUUCAGUUAAUCAUCAAAAUAAAUCUUAAAAAACAUC